AUGUCCAAAACUAGUAAGUUGAUUUUUUAUAAAUGUUCGAAAAUUAUCGAUAUUUAUCGAUGAAUUAUCGAUAAAUUCAUCAAAAAAUUUAUAUCGAACAACUUCUCGAUACAAAUGUCCAAUUCGAUAAACAACUUUUUCAGUAAUUGACUUCUGCAACCCAACGGACCCGAAUUCGUGCGGUCCCGGCGGAAAGUGCGUGGAAUUAUCGCUCGGAAAUCGGUGCGAAUGUCCUUUCGGAACGAUGGGACGGAAGUGCGGAAGUGAGUGCCAGGUACAGUAACCCUACAGUAACCCAUUCGGUUCAGGACCCUGCCAGGACGUGUACAAGAGUUGCGCCCGAUGGAAAUCCGAGGAACGCUGCCACUGGACUCGGCCCAUUUCGCCGUUUUUCGCCGACAAUUGCGCAUUGUCCUGUGGGCAGUGCAGGAAUAACGGAAAACGUAAGAGAGAGAGAGAGCGAGAAAAUGCGGAAGUCGGUAGUCGGAAUUCCGGUGGCCUAACUUUUUCCUCUUCCAGAACUCGCCCUCGCUCUUCCGCCGAUCUUGGACAAUAUCGAGUGGUUCGUGGGUAGAUGGGAGUCGAAAACGAGUGCCGCCUACAGGUAAUUUCCCCCAAAAGAAAGAGCAUGAUGUCGACGCACUCGCAGAUUCCCCGAGCCGAUGUCGGGACCGUACAGGGAGAUCCUCGACGUGCAGAUAUCCGAAGUUCCGGCUUUCGACCGACCGCCCGUCAACAUUUCGUACGUUUUUGCGGAUAUUCAAUACUCGGAACAUAAUUUUUUGGGAAACGAACAAUAUUUUACUUUUACGGAGGUCUAGACGGGACCAGGCUUUGUUGGAAGUAGCUUUAUCCAAAAAUUUAUCGAUAUCCAGUUGCCGCUUGUCGGCAACUUUUCCCCGUUUCCCUCAAUCCUCAAAUCUGUCCCCCGGGAGCACUUUUUUUCCAAAAAUGUAUCGAAAAAGUGUGUUUUAGAAUCCGCGCGGAAAGCCUCGACGGAACGGACGUGCACGUGGAAUUCGGCUUCCUGACGUCGAAACCGUUCCACGAGGAUACCGGAUUCGUCGAGUUGGACAAGCCCGCCGAGGGAGACGAUCUCAUUUCCAUCGAACUCGUCACGAAUACCGGUAGGCGGCGUGUGCGCCUUUAAAUUUGAAACGAUACGGUAGACAAUUGCCGUCUACCGUAUCCGCCUCCAAUUUAAAGGCGCACAACGACAAAGCCGAUUCAGGUCUGAUGCUAAUCGAGGAAGGGACCGUCCGUGGCACUCAAAUCCGACUGGAGACCAAGUACAAAAAGGCGAUGGCGGGAGUUUUGCGCAACGAAAUUGUCAAAUCGAAGCGAAUGUUCAAUUUGAUCGGUCCCAAUUCGUUGGAGGAACGCGUCGUCACUGUCGAUGCGAGAGGCGUCACCAGCAAGUGGUUGAAGAGGUGAACCACUGGGACCACUUGAGCACAAACCAUUAUUUUUCUCAAAAAAUUUGUCUAGAACCCCCCACGUGUGCGCUAGAGCGUGUUUGCAUCAUUUCUAAAGGGUAAACAGCUCGAAUGACUGGAAAUUGACAGAAAACCGCUCAAUUUCCCAUUUUUAGGUACCGAAAAGUGCUCGACUACAUGACCGACUUGAUUCCGACGCCGACGCCGAAGAAGAAAAGGCAAUGA